GUAGUAAAUCUUCUCGUCGCAGUCGACGCGUGACAAUGAGUUGGAAAAGAGCUGCAGAGCCUGCGUUUCCAACCGUUUGGUACACUUUCCAGGCACCGGAUCCGGACAAUGACGACCAGUUGGUCACGUACCGGGUGGAAGAUCUGACCGAGAAUCGCUACGAUGAUAUCAUCCAGCACUACAAAGACUAUUUCGUGGACGAUGAACCGAUCUACGCUAGCAGAAACACCAUUCUGGAUGAGCUGGCUAUGAAGGAGUUGAGCGACUUCUGGCGAUGGUGCUUGGAACAACGGUUGACGGUGGUUUGCUACAAAGAAGGCUCCGCCGAGAUUGUUGGAGCGAAUCUGCUGCAUAUGGAACAGUCCGAUGAUAAGGGAAAUUGGGAUAUUUUCCAAAGCAAAACCAUUCAGGACGUCGUCAAGGCUCACUUGUACAUGACCGAACAGUUCAACGUUUUUCAGCGCUACAACGUGGACCGAUAUCUGACGGCGUACGGGUUGGCUCUGAACCGGCGGUACCGGGGUCGCGGGAUCGCCACGGAAAUUCUCAAGGCUAGGAUACCGAUCUGCCGGGCGUUUGGAGUUCGUCUAUCGGCGACCAACUUCACAGCUCAGGCGUCGCAAAAAGCGGCGGAGAAAGCUGGUUUCCGGAAUGACUUUGAAGUCAGCUACAAUGAUUUCGCUGACAUGGGACCAAUAUACUCGUUUCCGAAGAUUAAAUCUAAAAGUUUGAAGUUGAUGAGUAUGCCAAUCGAAUAGGAUAUGGUUAGCAACAACGUAACAAUACAUGCUCAUAAAGCAUUGUUAACAUAUUGUAGAUAACAGUUAGAAGAUAAGAAACACCUACUAAUAAAAUAAGUUUGUUUACUUACAUAAGCUAACGAUGGGAGCGAAAGCUAAACAGCUGACGACGGUGGCCAUACUUUAGGCGGUUUGUCAAUUUAGCAUUUCAAAUAAAUCAAAUUAAAAAAGAGGAAGUUGGUCUUUCAACU